AUGACUCCAUCACAGCACACACCACCACACUAUUCGAUUAACACCUUCACUGUUUAUAGGCUAGCACCGGAGCACCAUCUCCCUGCUGCGUACGACGAUUCUUGGGUUGCCAUCAAGUGGGUUGCUUCCCAUUCAGGAGGAGAUGGUCAGGAACCAUGGCUAAAGGAUCAUGUUGAUUUUCAACGUGUGUUUUUUAGUGGAGAUAGUGCUGGUGGAAACAUAGCACACAACAUGGGUAUGCGAGUCGGGUCGGAGAAAUUAGAUGGUAUCAGUCUUGUCGGAUUGGUGUUAGCCCAUGCAUUCUUUUGGGGUGAAAAGCCAAUAGGCAAUGAAUCUUCUGAACCAAUUCUCCCAAGAAAUCUUACCCGGGUUCUGGUUUGUGUUGCUGAGAAAGAUUUAUUGAAGGACAGGGGUUGGUAUUACAAGGAGGUAUUGGUUAAAAGUGGGUGGAAAGGAAAGGUUGAGAUUAUGGAAGCCAAAGGGGAAGAGCAUGUUUUUCAUUUGUUUAAUCCCACUUGUGAAAAUGCUGUAGCUAAGCUGAAAAAAUUGGCUUCUUUUUUUAAUCAGGACAAAGCCUAG